AUGGCGGAUGUUUAUCAAUGGCGCAGAAGGAUCCAGCCUGGUUUCUCGCACACCCUCCUGCCUGUGGGCAAGCAAGAUGAGACAAAGCCAGACAUCACAAGCGGCUUUGGCUCUUCUCGAAAGAAGGUGCGACCCAAGAUCAGCUCCUACUUCUCCCAUCGUGGUCCUUUCACAAACCAUGGCAGAUCAUCCAUAUGGUCCACUGAUCAGCGCGCCUCUUUCAAGGAAACAAUAUCCUCCCCUUACCAGACUUGGCCUGAAGGAUGCGAGCCCGACCUUGAUCAGAUCAUGGAUUCGAUCAUGCGCACGCUGAUAGCAGAGCCCUAUCGCCCCCUGGACCUCAAGCACAACUCACCUCUGCUCAUGGUCUUCGAAGGAUUUCGCAACCUUCGCGACGAAAACGCCUCUCUGGUGCGCAAGCUGAAGUACGAAGUCGAGACCCGGUUCGCAUCACAUCACGAACUGGAACUUGAACGACAAAACUGGCAACGAGAGAGAANNGAGUAUCAGGCCGAAGUAAAGAGGCUCGAACUCAUCAUCUCGAAAGACAAGGAAGGAGUUGCAGAAGUGAUGCGCGCCAGACAAGGCAGUUUAUUGCGCAAGGAGCACAGACGGCGUACUGCAUCCGGCGUCAACACGAUCAGAGACGAUCCUAGAGAAACUGUUUUCGAGUUUCUCGAAAGGACAAGAGUUGAAGACGAGAAGAAGCAGGAAGCCGCCAGAAAGGUUCAACGAGGUUUGCUAACUCCCUCUCUAUCCACGAGAACAUCAAGAACUCACAGCAUGAACANNGUGCCCUUCCGCAACCGUCCUGUUUCUCCGUCUCAGAAGAUGGCAAUACUAUCACACAAGCUCUCUACCACCAACCACUACAGCGAUUUCGAGUCUCCUCCUAGUCCACAAGACUUUACAAGCCUCUCCCAGGCCUCUAUGUUCGAAAUGCUGGCUGGACGACCAUCUUUUUCUGACACCGACUCGUCUGAGAAUGGUUCCACCCAACAUCAUCAACACGCAGAGGUGAUCGAUGACGAGAAAGCGGCGAUCAGUUCCCACCUCGAUGAACACUUACUCGGACGAGAUGGCGGCACCCAGGUUGACCCUCGACCGGCUCAUUAUCCUAGCAUUCGCACGCCAUCAUUCGAAUCAGGCAGCACGGAACAGCUCAUAACUCGCACGCCCAAGGCUCGUCCAGGGGCACUACGUUUAGAUCAUGCACGCAAAUUUCCUUUCGACUACGACGACGAGAUCCGUCCCAACCAAGUCAAGGCACCGUAUGCAAUCAACUCUCCUCUGCAGAGAAGCGUUUCUGUAGACCAGUUUGCUACAAAGCGAACAUCUCUAUUUCGGGUANAUGUCUCCGGCACCCUGGCCGCAGAUAGCGUCGUUUCGUCACCAGUCAUGAUGUCUGUCUUAGAAUCUCCAGGCAUAUCUAAGAUACCCAGUCCAGUGUUUGACCCAUCCUUGGCAAGACCGAGAAGGGAAGACUCAUCAUCGAGCUUCCUUACUGCUAUCAGAGCCUCCGAGGGUGACUUAAACCACAGCAGAGCAACUUCAAGAUCAAGCAACCCUUUGGAUAGUCCUCACCUAUCAUCCAGCCUUCGAGGCAGCGGUGAUACCACCAACAGUCAACGCCAUUCUGGGCAUUACGGUAGCAUGCACGAUGUGAACAUGGCGGUCGCUGCUGCACGUACUGCUGUUCCUUCCAAUUCGCCAAAGCCAUUGGCAGAACUACGUGCGUCAUAUCACGCCAACGCAUGA